AUGGGGAUGCCAGAGCUGCUAGUAUCCGAUAAUGGCACACAGUUCACCAGUGCCAUGUUCGGAAAAUUUUGCAGUAUGAACGGCAUUGAACACACCACUACGGCACCGUUUCACCCGCAGUCGAACGGGCAGGCGGAACGGUUCGUCGAUACCUUCAAAAGAGGUAUCAAGAAAAUUCGAGAAGGGGAAGGUCCGAUUCAGGAAGCACUGGACCUGUUUCUGUUGAAGUACCGAAGCACUCCAAAUCCGGCAGUCGUGGGUGGAGUAUCGCCAUCAGAAGCAAUGUUUGGACGUCGAAUCCGAACCAACCUCGAACUGCUGCGGCCACCAACAGAUCGUCAGCAAGCAGAACAAGAAGAAGACCAGCAGAAACCCCGAAGCUUCAACAAGAAAGAUCCAGUGUAUGUAAAGGUUUACAACCGGAACUCGUGGUCAUGGGUUCCUGGUACCAUUGUAGAACAAAUUGGAGGAGUGAUGUAUAAUGUGCGAACCGAAAAACGUCGUUUAGUGCGGUCACACGUUAAUCAGCUUAGAAAAGUUACCGACGCUUGGAACUCACCGAGCACAUCUGUUUUACCAUCAUCGGCUACGUUUUCCCCUGUGUCUCCAGCAUUGACGAUUCCGUCCAUAUCACCACUACGAUCAUCGGUUCCUGCUAGUCCAGACAGUUCAGUUUGCCCUAUGGAGAUGGGCGAGCCACAAACACCAGUCAUUCGCAGCAAUCAACAACCAAGCAUCGCCAGCAAUUCCCAAGUACAGCCACUGCGACGUUCUUCGCGCCUUAGAAGAUCGCAUCCGCGGUUCGAUGUGUACUAUCGCUAUUGA